AAUGAAAUAAGGUAAAUUUAAUAGCUAAAUAAGAGUAAUUAACCUAAACAUUUUACAGUAAAAUACCUAAUUCGCCUGCAUAUACUAUGGGAUCUAGAAAAAAAGACAUGUUUAUAUUAGACACUCCAGGUCCUGGGAAAUAUCACCCAAUUAUCCCUUUUAGAUAAAGUCCAAGAGCAAUCAUGUCAGGUUCAAAAGAUUCCUUCUACAAAAUAAGUGAUUCUCCAGGACCUGGAAGAUAUAACUAAUUGUCAUACACAACCAAUGGGUUUAAGUUUCCUUAAGAAAAGCGAUAAAUGACAAAUUACAAUGACUCUCCAGGCCCAGCUAAAUACAAUUAAAUCAAUAAAUCUUUUGCUCCUGCUUAUGCCAUUCCUAAAGCAGAUCGAAAAACUAAAAUAAAUUCUUUUGCAACUGGACCUGGAUGUUACAAUAUUGCUUCUCUUUUAAGAUCAGAUAUUGGUUUCAAAAUGCCAAAAAGUUAAAGGAAAAAUAAAAUGGACAUAUUGCCUGGUCCUGGAGAGUAUAGUUUUUAGGAUAACAAAACAAAGGGUAUCAAAAUUGGAACUAGUCCAAGAAUGGAAAAAUCAGUGCUUAUAGGGCCAGGACCAGCAGAUUAUUCCCCUAGAAUUACAACUGACUCUUCUCCAAGAGCUGUUUUCGGUACAGCAUAAAGGGCAAUUAAUCAAAAAGAUAAACUUCCAGGUCCUGGUGAUUAUGAACUACCUCAAAGCAGAAGUGUGAGUGUAAGAAUAAUAAAUAAAUAAGUUUUCUUUUCCUAAAUAAAAUGUGCAAUAACAAUCUAAGCCUUCUACUCCUUUCAGUUACAUCAAUGAUUAUACUAGCCUUCGAAAGACAUCGAUGUCUUUUGGAAAGGCAUAAAAAGGGAACCAGAAAGCUGAAUUUAUACCAGUAUGAAUUAAUCAAGCAUUUUAGGGUCCAGGAUAAUACGAUAUAGAAGGUUUCUUCAGAAGGAGAAUAAAGACAAGAGAUGGGUCAAAUAUGUGA